AUGGACGGAAAUUACAACAAUUAUAGCUCCUUCGGCGGCGGCGGCGGUGGAGGAUUCAUGCCGGGCGAGGCGAACAGUCCCGCGGGAGGCAAGACUUAUGACCGGGACAACAAAACCCUUCGUCCCGUGACAGUGAAGCAAGUCCUCGACGCCUCGCAGCCCUUCCCCGAAGCGCCAUUCCAAAUCGACGGCGCUGACGUCGCCAAUGUCCUCAUCAUGGGCCAAGUACGCAACAUCAGCUCGCAGAGCACAAACGUGACAUACAUAAUCGACGACGGCACAGGCGGUGUCGAAGUCAAGAAAUGGAUUGACUCAGCCACCGCGGACAACAUGGACACCGACGAUGGCAAGGCGCCCGGCGAUGGGAAGACUGAGGUCCAGCUGAACGGUUUCGCACGUGUUUUCGGCUCCAUCAAGUCCUUCGCCAACAAGCGGUACAUCGGUGCUCAUUCUGUCCGACCCGUGUCGAAUGUCAAUGAGCUGCAUACUCAUCUGCUCGAGGCUACUGCCGUGCAUUUGUUCUUCACUCGUGGCCCGCCCGGUGGGGCUGGUGCUGCUGGCGGCAAUGCUGGCGGGGCUGAUGCUGUUAUGGGUGGUGCCGAUGACUACAGUGGUGGGCAGAACAAGGCUCUUGCUUCGAUGUCACUUGUUGCGAAGAAGAUUUAUAACUUGCUCAAGACUGAGCCUCAGGAUGAUACGGGCCUACACAUGCAGGUCAUCGCUUCUAAACUGAAUAUGCCUGCGACUGAAGUGGCCAGGGCGGGUGAGGAGUUGCUUGGUGCUGGUGUGAUCUUCUCCACUAUGGAUGAACAAACAUGGGCUAUUUUGGAGUAUUAG